UAGGCUAGCAAUAAAUGUGAAUGUCGAACUAAUACAAUAUUAAUAUUAAUAAAAUUAAUUAGUCUAGACCCCAUUGAACGUUUAAUUUAAGUAGAGUUCAUAAAAAUGAUUUCAGGAAUAAAUAUUUUAUCCAUUUUUUGGAUUUUUUCUUCUAUUGCUAUAAUUUGUACCCAUAUGCUGUUAACUUUAAAAAGUAAUUUAAACAAGUUUGAAAAAACCCUUAACAAAUUUUUCUUAUUUGGAAAAUUCAAAAACCGGUUUCUUCUUCAAGAAAACGAUGGGAUUUUUUCUCAAAAGGGAUUAUUUUAUGGACUGGUAUCCAUACCUAAAAGCUGGUUUAAGCAUUUUUAUGUAAGUGGAAUAAUUAUGCACUCUAUAUCAUUCAUCAUGCUGGCACUUUAUUUGCUCAAUUGUUCAAGUGGCCAAUUGCUCAAACAUCUACAAUACUGGAUAAUUUGGCUGGGCAUUACAAGUAAUCAUGAUAGAGAAUUUGAAGACUGUGCUCUACCUAUGGUUAUGGUGUUCAUUUUUGAAUGGAUACAGAUAAGCAGGAGAUUAUAUGAAUGUUUUUAUGUCAGCUCUUUUUCCAAAAGCACUAUUAGCUUCAUUCACUACUUCUAUGGAAUUUUCCUGUACUGCUCUUUUGGCUUUGGACUUGUUGCAUCUGUUCCUGUAGAAAAACUCAAUUUUUCUACUCCCAAUGUUUUAGAGACUGUCCGUUACAUUUUAGCUAUUGCAAUAUUCUGCUGGUCUUCACAUUUUCAACACAAGUCUAUGUUGACAUUUGCUGCAUUACGUCUAGAUCAGAAAGAUAAACAGCCAUCUGGUCAUUUCAUUCCCCAUGGUCAUCUGUUUGACAUUGUGACAAGCCCACACUUCUUGUGUGAGAUAGUGAUCUACCUGACUCAUUGUUUGGUUUUUAGAUUCAACAACACCUAUUUAUUUAGUGUGGCAUUAUUUGUAGUGACCAAUCAAGUUGUUGCCAGUUGGAAUGCCCAUAAAUGGUAUAAGGAAACUUACCCUAACUAUCCAGCUCAAAGGAAAGCUUUAAUUCCAUAUGUCUGGUGAUAUUGUUGAUUUAAAGAAUUUUGUUUGAAAGUCACAAUAUUUUUACAAUAUUUUUUACAAUUAGUUCACUCAAAAUAUACCUGGUCUUUCAGCAUUUUUUUGGAAGUACUAUAAUUAUAAGCAAUUCAAAA